AUGAGGCUACCUCAGACGCUUCGUGCCGGUGGCCUCGCUCUCUGGCUCUUGCCUAUCAUUUACACCUUCUACUCUCGCAUCCCAGAGUGCGGUCAAUAUGCUGCUCCAGCGAGCUUUGACUGCCCCAUAAAUGUCUGUUGCAGUGCUUUUGGAUUCUGUGGUGUUACGUCCGACUUUUGUGGCAAAGGCUGCGAGCCCAACUCGAAAGGCGAUGGCUGUGGUCAGCCCGAUCACGCAACUUGCUCGGAAAGUACUGAUGCAAUGGCAUUUGACCGUCGCAUUGGAUACUACGAGUUAUUCAACAUUCACAAGAGUUGUAACGUGAUUGAGCCGGAGUCUCUCGUUAUUGAACCUUUUUCUCAUAUCAAUCUGGCCUUCGUGAACUUUGGUGACGACUACGAGCUCAUGGAUGAAUACGGCGAUGUUGUGGACCGGAUGUCCUUCCUCAAGUUCACCAAUUCGGGUCUUCGCAUCAACAUCGCUGUUGGAGGAUGGACAUUCAGUGACCCACCAACGCAGUCGUUCUGGAGCAAAAUGGCACGCUCUCACGAGAAUCGCCAGACAUUUAUCAACUCUGUGGUAAAAUAUCUACAAGACUACCAUUUGGAUGGAGUUGAUUUAGACUGGGAGUAUCCAUCUGCACCUGACCGUGGUGGCACAGAAGAUGAUGCUGCCAACUAUGUCAUCCUGCUAGCAGAAAUGCGCAAGGCCUUCGACCAUGAGAACCCAGGAUGGGAGAUCUCCGUAACAAUACCGACCAGCUACUGGUAUCUGCGUGGCUUUGAUCUCGAAGGGAUGCAGAGAUAUACCGAUUAUAUUAAUCUCAUGAGCUACGAUCUUCACGGUAUGUGGGACAAGGACAGCAAGUGGACGGGUGCAUAUUUGGCCGGCCAUACCGACAUUACUCAAAUUGAACUCGGUUUGGAUCUCCUCUGGCGGAACAACAUCGAUCCGGCCAACGUUGUUUUUGGCUUUGCAUUCUAUGGUCGCUCAUUUACCAUGGUGGAUGAAGAUUGCAGUGAGCCAAACGGAAAGUGCAAGUUUAGUACUGGAGGAGCGCCUGGGUCCUGUACAGAUACGGCGGGCAUUCUCUCAUAUGCAGAAAUUAGCUCUCGAAAUAACUCUCAGGAUGUGCACACUCAUUACGAUCCAAAAACCACUGUCAAAUACAAUGUGUACCAAGGCUCACAGUGGAUUUCGUAUGACGAUGCGCAGUCCUUUAACGACAAAAAGAAGUUCAUUUCCAAGCACUGUCUAAGUGGCUGGAUGGUCUGGGCAAUUGACCAGGAUGAUGGUGAAUUCAAUGCUCUAUCUGGCCUUAUUGGCGAGGAUCUCUCGUCAUUACAGAUGGCAAGCAAUGAUGAUGGCCGCUCAAAAAAGGUCCUCGCUGAUGCUUUCGCAGCUUAUAACAGUCAGAACUGUUUCGUAACAGAUCGCUGCACCGAUGGCUCAAGCAAAGAAAAGAACCCAGAUCAGGCGGGAGGCAAAAAGCGUCAUGGAGACUGCAAUGAGGGCUGGUAUAGGAGCAUCUGUUGCCCGAAAGAUGCUAUGCCUAAGAAUUGCGAGUGGAACGGUGCCCCUGAGCGCAGCGAGUUUGGUUGUGACGGCAAGUGUGGCAGCAACCAAUUCAAACUCAACCAGGAUACCUCACUAGAUGCCAAAGGUGAGGGACAGUGCUUUACUGGAGCCCGAUAUCUCUGCUGUGACUCUACCUUCAUGUUCCAAAAGUGUGACUGGACCGAUUGCCAGGGGCCUUUGGUCAUCAGCGAUUCGACGAAAUGCCCUAAAGGUGACGACUACUACACUUAUCGGUUUGACAAACCGAAUGGUAAGCCGUGGUGCUCAGACACGUACGUCUCACCUGUGGAUGGUUUGGUUGGAAGUCCGCACAAGCAAGCGUUCAAGAGUGGGCUGUGUUGUUCCCAUGAUCAGAGCUUCAAGAACUGCCAAUGGACGAACAUGUUUACCGAUGGUGAUGUCAUAGGAGCUGAGUGCAAGCCUCGACCUUGCUCGGCUGGUAAGGUCAAGAUUGCUGGUGCACUUAAUCCACAGACACCUCCUGGUAACACUGGUAGCAUUGGUAACAGCAAUACAUGCGACUCCCACACCCCGGAGGAUGGAAUGGACCAGGAGUGGUCGUACUGUUGCGAUCCACCCACAAAGUACAACAGCAAGUGGCCCGUGGACCCCAAAUAUCUGUGGGCGAAGUAUUACAACGAAGUUGACGAAUCCGACGUGGUUUGGAAAUACCGCGAUGAAUAUGCCAAUAACAAUGAGGAUGAUGAACGCUCCACGAAAGAGGAUGGCACCGAUGCGUAUGGCUUUGUCAUGCUAGAUGGACCUGAAGGGUCUAUCGACAACGACUUCUCAUCUAGUCAAACUGUUGUUCGCCGCUCGCCUAUUGUUUCCAAAGCAAAACGGUCUAUUUUGACAACCAACCAGACUAUCAUGGACAGCAUCUUUGACCAUGCCGAGGAAACUUUCCAUGUCUAUUGCAACUUCCCUGUUGGCUCGAAAGAAUGCGAACGUGUGUUUAUCGAUGGUGCAGAGGACACGAUUAUCUCUCUUCCGCAUCAUGUGGGCGAAGGUCCCUUUGCACGCAUUGUGUCGAUGAAAUUAGCCGAAGACGCUUUCCAGCUACCUGGCCACCACUUACAGCACCGAUCCUUGGAGAGAAUCUCGAACCCAGUUUACGAAGUCAAGGUUGACUACAACUUCCAAGAUAUCAAGCUCAAGCGGGACGAUGAUGCUGUGCAGAUUCGUGUUGACUACACCAACCUAAUGGGAUACUGGGAUGAGAUGACCAACUCUCCGGCUAGCCGCAUGAAGCGUGGGAUGGGCGAACGCAGCCUCACCCAGGAUGAGUGGCGUGCGCGCAUUCAGCGAGCCUCCAAACGCGACAAAGAGUUUAGGAAGCGCGAGGAGCCCGUGAAAGUCAAGACGCCAAUGGAGGUCACCAAAGUGCAGCCCGAGAAGCGUUGGUACGGCGCGUUUGCAGAGUGGUUGAAAAAGCUGACCACUGUGACAAAGUCCAGCGUGGGUGUAAUUGAGUUGGGUCUCAGUAAAACCAUUAACCUCUUCUACGCCAAAUGGGGAUGUCCCGGCGAGACCUACUUUGGUGAACUGAAGAUGGAUUUGGAGGCCGAUCUGUCAAUGGAUGCAACCUACGCCUACUAUCUCCCUGCAACAUUCAUUCCGCCUGGCAAGCCAGAAACCUUUGCAUACUUUGGAAUGGAGCCUGAAGCCUACAUUGGACUGCACGUCGAAGGUAGAGUUAUAGCGCAGACGCAGACUAAACGCAAGAAGAUCAUUGAUACCCUCACUUACCCUGGACUAGCUGUCAAGGGAAUUGCGGCUGUCGGGCCUACCUUGGAUGUUUACGGCCAGAUACGCGGCAAAAUCACGCUCUUUGGCUCACUUGAUGCAGGAGCAAAGAUGUCUUUCGGAAAGGCCGAAAUAUUCUGGCCCCAGGACGACGACUUGCAAGAAAAAUACGCGAGCCUGCUCGGUCUUGAGAGCAAAACCAAAUCUCCUGCGCCUGGUACAAUUGAACCAGUCUUCCACGCUGGAGUCGCCGUCGAUGCGCAGAUUGAUGUUCUCAUCACCCCACAAGCCAGCAUCGGUAUCAAGCUUGUUGCCGGCAAAACAUUGAUGGAUGCUCAGCUAAGCGGUUAUGUGGAGACUGACCUCUCGUUCCAGGCUCAUGGUGACUACGACACGUCUGACAAUGCUUUCCACUAUCGAUUUGGGGCGUAUCUGUUCUACAACAUUGGGUAUAAGGCAGUGGCUAAGGUUCUCAGCUACAUUGACUGGGCAACGGGAGAUCGCAAGGCAUAUUCGCCCGACAAAAUGCUCAAAUUGUACGAAAAGACGGGCACCAUUCCGAUGUCGGCGUCUGACGUAGGAAAGCGAGACCUUUCUAUAGCGGCCGAUGCUCAACGGCAUGAGAUCGAGGCAGAUAUACCUUACAACAGCACAAUGUCCGUUUUGGAACCAGCUGCCGAUAUAUUCCGCCGAGCUGACGUUACAAUGACGGACCCGAAUGAUCCCUCGUUUAGUAAUCAGGGCCAAUGUCCACCCGGAGCUAGUGGCUUCCAGCUUCCACAAUUGCGAUUCAAUUGUGGCUGGCUUGGUCCAUACCGGGGCGUAAACGACAUCCAUGGGCUUACAUAUGAUGUGCCCGGGCUCUGCGACAACAUUGUCAAUAUUACGCCAUUGCGCUCAAAAUUCACAUUCGCGCAAGACGCGGAUGCGAAAAUAGCCAGAUAUAACUCAGUGUGUCCAGACGGCGCGUGUGCGGAAGCGACUACUCAGUUAAAUAAGGCAUUGAGGCGAAGUGGUUUGCAACUCGAAUGUGAUGAGUUUCCCUGGAAGUCUAGUGAGCAAGGAGGAACAUGGCCACCUGAGAGUCAGCGCCGCACGGAGUGUGUCACCCGCUUCCAGAACGGUUGGCACGGGAAAUGCCUCGCAUUGGUUGGGCAACUUACAUCCAACUGGAAACACCUGGAUCCCGAUUCGCGGACAGAUCCCAACAAGAAAGAUUAUUGGGUGUUCUGGCAGAAAAAGACAGACUGGACCCACGCGGGCAAUUAUGGGAGAGGAGAGGAGAGGGUAUAUGAGCAAAAGCUCAUUGAAUACGACGAAGAAAUGCCACCUCCAGAUCUUGGGAACCAAGGAGAUAACAAGAAGCUAUCGUGGGCUUUCAAACGAGACUAUAAGACUGACUGGCUUAUUCCUCAAAAUUCACUCACGUCUGCAGACUGGUGGAAUGCUAACACACCAACUUGGUACACUCCCAAAAGUGUGGGCCCUCUUACUAUGGAUUCGGUUCUUUGCGCGCUCAAUCAUUUCGGUCAGGACGAUGUGUACAAACUACCAGGUAACAGUGCAAGCAGCUCGGGCUCGUCUAAACGGGACACUCAGAAGUCGGAUGGAUGGGAAGCUGAAAGCAUUGAGUAUGUGGAGGAUCUGAACGAUGCCGAGAUGGCUCAGUUAUUGGGCCAAGAUGAAUCUGAACAGGAAUGA